CAGUGGAGGCCCAGGAGACGACCAUCCUCAGCACAGCGCGAUGACUCAGCUCCAAGCCACGCCGCUCAGAACCCUAGCCCUCUCCGGCCGGCGGGGCGCCGGCGCCGCCGCGCGGCCGACGGCGGCCUCCGUACGGUGCUACGCCGCGGCCAGGAGCUACAGCAUUACGCUCCUCCCCGGCGACGGCAUCGGCCCGGAGGUCGUCGCCGUCGCCAAGGACGUCCUCUCCGCCGCCGGCUCCAAGGAAGGCGUGGAGCUCCGGUACAAGGAGAUGCUGAUGGGAGGCGCGGCGCUGGACGCGGCCGGCGUGCCGCUCCCCGACGAGACGCUCGCGGCGGCGCGGGCCUCGGACGCCAUCCUCCUAGGCGCGAUUGGAGGGUAUAAGUGGGAUAACAAUGAGAAGCAUCUCAAGCCGGAGACGGGGCUGCUCAACAUCCGUGCCGGGCUCGGCGUGUUUGCCAAUCUGCGGCCAGCCACUGUGUUACCGCAGUUAGUAGAUGCAUCUACUUUGAAGAGAGAGGUAGCUGAAGGAGUUGACAUCAUGGUUGUUAGAGAGCUUACUGGAGGGAUCUACUUCGGCAAACCUAGGGGAUUUGGAACCAAUGACAAGGGAGAGGAAACUGGCUUCAACACUGAAAUAUAUUCAGUUGCUGAGAUCGAUCGUAUUGCCCGUGUUGCAUUUGAGGUUGCUCGCAAGAGAGGAGGGAAACUAUGCUCGGUGGACAAGGCGAAUGUGCUUGAGGCAUCUAUGCUUUGGAGAAAACGAGUGACUGCAAUAGCUUCCGAAUUCCCUGACGUUGAGCUCUCACACAUGUACGUUGAUAAUGCUGCAAUGCAGCUUGUUAGGAAUCCCAAACAGUUUGACACGAUUGUGACAAACAAUAUUUUUGGUGACAUAUUAUCGGACGAAGCAUCAAUGAUCACAGGAAGCAUUGGAAUGCUGCCAUCUGCCAGUGUUGGCGAAUCGGGACCGGGUCUUUUUGAACCCAUUCAUGGCUCUGCUCCUGACAUUGCUGGCCAGGACAAGGCAAACCCAUUAGCUACAAUUCUUAGUGCGGCAAUGCUAUUGAAAUAUGGCCUUGGCGUAGAAAGUGCUGCAAAGAGAAUCGAAGUUGCGGUUACAGAGACACUGGACAAUGGGUUCCGAACUGGGGACAUAUAUUCUCCUGGAACGACAUUGGUUGGAUGCAAGCGAAUGGGAGAGGAAGUCCUGAAGGCUCUGGAGUCGCAGAAGUAAACAGUAACCUGAUAGACAUCGGUAUGGACGGUGUACCAAGCAUGCCACAUGGGAUGGUCGAAAGCGCCCUAGGAUCAAUCUCAUCCCUAGAUUGCGUGAUUUUGUUUCUGUUUGUCUGCUUCCGCCCUUGUAGUUCAGUGCAGGAAUUUAGCGGAUGAGUCGCCUUUUCCCUUUCCAUUGCUCGUCGGAAUGAUUUUCGUGUGCCUCGAUUGAAUGAAUUGUGUCCAUGGAUAGAAAAAUGGGGAUGGUUCCCUUUGCACCUGGAUGGAAUGGAACGGAAGUUUGAUUUA